ACCAGAUGAGCGACUCGCAUUAUGAAAAUAUCGAUGGGAGCACCGAGCAGAGAACGCUUGGUACUGCAGCGCGCGUGGCCUGACGGAGAUUUUUUUGAAAACAGGCGUGGCAGUCAACGUGUUAUUCAAAAAUUGAUCGGUUUGAUCGAACACUUUUGUCCCCCAAUUAGUUCAUACAGCGGAAAUUCUACUGUAUUUCAACAGCAGUACAUGUUACUUUUUAUAAAAGUAUGAAAAUAAAUUAAAUUUAUUUUAAAUGCGAGGCAAACCAGUGGACCGUAUAGAGUCGAAGAACAAUGUCAAAAGUUAAGCUAUUACGCGUAUACGAUAGCCUAUCGCCUAUGUUAUUUUGACAAUUUGCUAGCGUUAUUAUGACACGCUAUGGAGAUUUAAAAUUUCCAGAAAGAGAAUCUCUAUGAAAUCAACUGUUUUUGUAUGCAGCGCAUACAAUUCAUCUUCUCUUGCGUUUGUAGUACGCACUGCGUUGCAUCCUCAUUUUUGAAAGUUAUAUGUUUGGAAUAUUGGAAUUAUUUCCACUCUUAUUUAACAUAUCGAGACAUUUAAAAACGCAUUUCCAAACGAUUGUUUAAAUUUUUGUUUAAAUUCUAAUCAUCCGCUUUAAAUUAUUUGUAAAAAAAUACUAUUUUAUAUUAAAAUUGUUAUUAGGCAAUUUCGUUCAUUUGUAACACUCCGAAUAUAUAUAUAUAUAUAUAUAUAUUCCGGUAUAUAUAUAUAUAUAUACACCUUGCAUAUCUAUAAAAUACAUCAUACUGCAAGAUAUUUUCUUUUAUAUAUAUAUAAUAUAUCCGACAUUGAAUCGAGUCUGUCAUAGUGUUAUAUUCAACAAUGAUAUUCAUUAAUCUUCAUUACAGUUCCAUUACAGCGAAAUGUUUAUUAACCGACCAAUGAAGUUCUUCUAUUUUCGCUUGACUAAUUUCCUAUAAUUACGAUAAUUACACAGCAAUUGGGCAAUUUGUCUGCAAUUGUAAGUCUGGCAUGUUUCUUCUUCCUUCAUCUGUGAGAACUUUAUUUUAGAUUCAUGUGGACAAGUAUAAUUUCCAGUUAUUUAACCACAAUGACAAAAAUUCUCACAUAUUCUCAUGUGUUGAAGUUUCGCUUGUAAUAAUGAUUCUGAAUGGGGAUGGACGUUUUAUAUACGGCAAGGAAUCGAUUCCGAUGCAAGCGUGGCAAGUAGUUGACGUUGAGGGUUGCCUGUACUAUGCCUUCCUUCCAGCAAAUCCAUCAAAACUCUCAGAAUGUGAAAAAACAGUCGCAAGACCGACAGACGAUACCUUAAAGAACAAUGAUGACGCGGAAGAAAUUUUUAUGAUUCCAGCUGAUGACGAGGCAAGCGAUAAUCUAUCCCCUAUUAAAAUAAAAAAGGAAGAUAUGGAUGAUGUUUCAUCGACGAACGAAGAUCACUAUGACGACACCAAUGUUUAUGCUUGCGAAGAGUGUAACAUCUGUUUUCCGGUGAUGCAGAUGCUAAAACGACACAGAAACGCUGUUCACGAACAAGCCCAGCGCUACAAGUGCAAAGUCUGUUUCAAAAUAUGUCGCAGUCUGGUCGCCUUCAAGAUGCAUGUCGCCUUAGAGCACAAAACUGAGGAGGAAGAAGCGAAGGAUGUCGAAAGUCUGACGUAUGCCUGCAACUUCUGCAACUACGAAAGCACAAACAAAUCUACUCUUCAUUCUCACAUUAGUAGAAAACACUCGGCCAAACGUAUAGGUAGAAGACGAAAUAGCUAUAGGUACUCCACAGAACCUGAAGAGUACUCUUGCGACGUAUGCGAAUUUAAAUGCCAGAAUAGACGUAGAUUAAAGGAGCAUUUAGAACGUAAGCACGCGUCAGAAUAUAAAUACGAUUGCGAAUAUUGUGGAAAAAAGUUCAAGGUCAAAGGUGACAUGAGGUUACACGUGCGUUUUAAACACAAAGAAGGACCCAUAGUUUGCGACGUGUGUGGGAAAACGUGCUCGAAUAGUAAUUCUCUAUAUGUGCACCAGAAGUGGGCACAUUUCAAACCAAAGUAUGAGUGUGAAAUUUGCAAAAGACGUAUGGUCACUCAGGAGAAUCUCGAUCAACACAUUUUGCUGCAACAUGAGAGACGGGAGAGUUUCGUGUGUGAAGAAUGUGGAAAAUCGUUCACAGAGAAUCAUCGAUUAAAACAACACAUGAUGACGCAUACUGGGGACAGACCUUACGAUUGCCACGUAUGUGGUAAAGCUUUUGCGCGUCGUACAGCUUACAGGCAACACUUGCUUAUUCAUACGGGCAAACGACCAUAUAUCUGUGAUAUUUGCGGUAAAACGUUCACGCAGAAGCCUGGCCUGAUUUGUCACCGAAAAUCACAUCCUGGAGUGCAUCCUCCAUUACCAGUGGUGCAUAUAGAACAUAUCCUUAGCGACUUUAUGAAGAAAGAAUGAUUUUAUCGUGAGAAUAGACGCUGUAUCGUGUACAUUUAAUGAUGAACUGAUAUUAUAGAACAUGGAAGUUGAUUUUCUUAAUACAGCUAUUUUUAAAUUCACUACAUACUUCAUAUUUCUUUGGAAUAAUCUAAUUCGUUUCUCGUUCAAAGUCUAACAUUGCUCUCAGUGACUGAGUAAUUUCUAAAGCUACAAUUUGUAUUUCCAUGAAUUGCAGAUAUCAAGCUCCCUUACUUAAUGGUUUACCAAUUAAUAAUAUUAGUGAGUGAUUUAUGAUUUCUAAUUUCAACUUCGUGUUAGAGUUUUUCCCAUUUUCCUAAUAUUCCUAACAUUCAAAUCCGAUUGAAAUGGAAACUCGGAAUUCAAUUGAAAUGGAGAUCAGAUUGAGGCAUUAAAAAUUCGACGGUUGUGGCAGAGUCAAGUGGACUGGAGAAAUGACUUUCUUGCAGAAGGAUGUGAAGCAGUAUGAAUACCUGUUGUCAGAAAUAAACUUUCCUUAUGAUCAUCCUUCUGGAAGAAUGAUAUACAUAUCUGGAUUAAAAAAAAGAUUCUCGUGUUCAUCACACUAGAAAAUUUUAUAUUAGUUAAUUUAAUUAAGCUCAAUUUGUUGAAUGAAUUGUAAAAUUAGUAUAAAACGAAAAUCGAUCUUCCUCAAUUCGUUAUUAACACGCUGUGUCAUUAAUUGUAUUACAUUUUUAUUAAUCGAGAUGGAAAAUUACGAAGGGGAAAUCUUAAAUUCUUAAUAUCCGGUUAAUUUUUCACUUAAUUUCACGUAACCUCAAUUAUCUAAUUUUUAUGAUUAUGAUGUUAUUAUAUUCCGAACGUGAACGUCGAUGUUUGUAUUUUAAUAUUUUCAAACAUUUAUUUUCCCAUGCUUUCGUUCAUUUUCGUGUACAUACUCCAUCCGUAAAAAAAAUGUAUAAUUUUGUACGAUUCGUUUCUAUCAGAUUAUGUGAGUAUCGUAGAAACGCAUCAUUUGGAGAAAUAAAUAGGAAGAUCCAUUGUGAAAUAUACUGUAUACAAGAUGAGAUAAGAAUUUAUCUUAAGCACAAUCUCGUGAAAGAUAUAUAUUUUUCUUGACUAUCCAAAAUUCUCCAUAAUUGUUUAUUAUUACCUAAAAUAAAAUGACAUAAUUUGCAAUGCGA